AGUACGCCGUAAAAAAUACGUUUCUGCGCAUACUACAUCACGCAGCGUUUACCAAAGAGAGCUGUGCGGAGAUUAAGAGAAACCGAUUUGGCGAUAAGGUAAACAAAUGUGCGAUUUCGGACAAUCCACGGUAAAGUAAAUACCGCCAUCAAUUUCGAAAUUGAAAACAUGGAUUAUUUCGGCCAACCGCUUUCACCAGUUUCAAUGCGCCGUCAUGACGCGGCUGAAGCUGAGUUAGACGAAUUGUUAAUGAACAGUAUGAGGAGUUCAGAUGAAGAAGAGCAGGAAAGUCAGGAGAGGUCUCUGGUUACGGCAGGCAGUGAAAGAAGCCAAGGUAAUUCUACGAGAACUAAACACUGCAGUGUCGCUGGCAUCUGCGGGUGUGGAUCGUGCACGAAAGACAGCUUAUUCAGAUCAGUGCAGCCGUUUGACUUGGACCGCAUCAAGUACAGAACCAUAUCCAGAAGAGAUAAGGCUCUAUCUGAGAUAAAGGAAUUCAUAAAGAAAAAUGUUACUAGAAUUUCGGAUGAAGAAGAGCAGGAAAGUCAGGAGAGGUCUCUGGUUACAGAAGGCAGUGAAGGAAGCCAAGAUAUUUCUACGAGAACUGGACUCUGCUUAUUGCCUGGCAUCCGCAGGCGUAAACCUCAGUGGCGGAAUCUCGGCUUAUUGGUAACAGCGCCGCCAUCUUUGGACCUCAGCGAGUACAAACACAUAGAUCUUGCAGAUACGGCAAAAAACUUAUUAUCGAGUUUGCCUCCCUCUCAAGCUGAAUCUGAGUUAGAGGAUAUCAACAACAAAAGCAACAUACAAGAAUUAGAUCUUUGGUUGCGUAAGCAAAUGAAGAGAAAUUGGGAGGAAGAAGAAAAGAAAUGUCGGAAGAGGUCUCGAGUUACGAAAGGCAGUGAAGGAAGCCAAGGUAAUUCUACGAGAACUGAACCCUGGAGUACGGCUGGCAGUGAAGGAAGCCAAGGCAAUGACAGAAUUGGAGAUAAAAAACUGGAUGAUUCAACUGGUUCUGAUGCCAAAUGAUGAAAUUUUUGGCUCUCAAACAGAUGCAUGAUCUUAUCCAAGAUGUGUACUUAAUUUUUCGUGUUUGCAUUUCCCUCCUUCAUAUUUUAUUUGCUCUGGUGAUGAUAAUUUUGAUUUAAAUAUUCCCAAGAAAAUUAUAUAGAAUAUAUUUUUUAAAUUGCAUGUACUCCAGUUAAAUGUGAUUCAUUUUACCAGUUCAAAUUUUUAUAAUGAUGAUGUAGAGGAUUUUUUAUGUAAAUUUUUUUUACAACUCUUGAUUUAUUUUUACAAAAAAUAUUGAAAUAUUUUUAUAUAUUUAAGAAUAUUAUGAUGAAAAUAUUUUAUUUGUUAUGUAAACACAUAUUGCAUUCUUGGAUAAUUUUAAAAUGUCACUUAUUAAAGUAAAAACUUAAUGAAUGGUUAUUGUUUUAGUUAUCAUUCAUCAACAUAAGACUUUAUAUCACCAGUGUUUCUGCAAACUUAUCUGUGUAUUUAUGUGUGUGUUCCUAAGUUUUAUCAAUCAUAUACUAGUAAGAUAAAUAUUUGAUUUUUGCACUUGCAUUUACUAUGAAUGUCUGUGACAUUUGUAAUUCUUCUGUAUUAUAUAUGCAUAUAAAACAUAUUUAUAAUAUACUAGUGAUUAUUUUUUAAAGGUACCUUUUUUUAAACUUAUUUUACAUCUGUUAAUUGUAUGUGAAAAAAAUAGAAUGGCUUUGAAUUUUUGCUUAUCGCUCCAAUUUCAGUCAUUCAGUUGAAUUUAAUGAAUGAUCUUUAUUUUUUUUUCUUUUAGUCAGCUUCAAAAUUAAAGUGAAUUUUAUUAUUAGUUAUUUAAUUGGAUUAAACAGCUUUUUUAUUGCUAUGUUUUUACUCAAAAUCAAAGUAUUGUUUGCUUACACAGUGUUAAUUUGUGAUUUGUUGAUUUCUUUCUGAUAGAUGGAACCCAAAUUUAGUAUUGUGUGAAACUCAAAACAUUAAGUUCUGUCUAAAACUUUUAUAGAAAAAAAAUUUUAACUAAUAAAUUCUUUUAAGUAAUUAUUUAUUUGAUUUGGUUCAUAAUGUUUUGAGUUCUUAUUUUGUAGAAUGCCUAAUUUUG